AUGGAAGUCGGUCGUUCCAAAGCAGGCAUACAGCUUAGCCAACGUAAAUAUGCGUUGGACAUAUUAUCCGAGACUGGUCUCUUGGCAACCAAACCUUCUCUCGUGCCCAUGGAAUCGAAUUCUAAGCUCAGCAAGACUGAAGGUCCACUAUUUCAUGGACCUUCUCUAUAUCACAAGUUGGUUGGAAAGCUACUGUAUUUGACUAAUACACGACCCGAUUUAAGCUAUAGCAUGAAUCUCCUCAGCCAGUUUUUGGACACCCCUCGUGUUUUGCAUUAUGAUGCAUUAAUCAAAGUUCUUAAAUAUGUCGGGAAUGGCGUUUUUCUCCCGGCCAAUUCAACUUUGAACCUUGUUGCUUACUCUGACGCCAACUGGGAAAAUUGUCCAGACACUUGCCAAUCAACCACUGAAUUUUGUGUGUUCAUUGGAAAUUCUCUUGUCUCAUGGAAGUAA